GAAUUCAUUCAGUUUUUCUGAAAGUUAAUAUGCAUUGAUGAUAUAGUGGUUUGGAUUUUUAUUAUUUUGUGAAAACUUUUGAGUAAAACUGUCCCUCUUAUAGGAGAACAGUCAAAGCCGUUCAAAAUGAAGAGCAUCCUUAAGGACAAAACACUACAAGUGAAUCUGGAGAUGCAGAGUCACUCUAUUGGGGCAGUACGCUGGACGUUACCUGAGGAAGACGUUCAGGCCCACAGUUCUGCUCCCAGCAGCCCCUUCAAGAACAGUGGUGCUUUCUCUACACGCUCACAGCAAAGGCAACGCCAGCAGGGCCUGAAGGACCUCCGCAGUUUGCAAGAGUGCAUCAGAUUCAUCAACCAUUGGAAGGAACAGGUGGCACAAGUUUGUAAGACAGGGAAUGAUGGCGGUGAAGGGUGCAGCAAAUGGACAGAAAAGCAGACAGACCCCAAAACUGAGCGUAGUCUUGAAGAGAGCCGGAAGCUUAUUCUGCUGUGGGCCACUGAACUUAAAAGUGUAGACAACCUGUCUAAAGAUCAUCCAUGGGUGAAAGAGAGAUUUGAUCAAGAAGAAGAGGAAGACACAAAGCAUGAUAAGGAUCAGAAUGAGGUGGUGGAGAAGAGGAUCAUGGAGUGGGCGAAAGAGCUACAGAGUGUGUCAGAGAGCUGUGGAAUGCUGGGAGAUGAGCUGGGACAGAUGUUGCGUCUCCUGGGACUGAGGAAGAAGAGGCUGGUUUCUCUGAUGCCAUUGCUGGAGUUCAUCACUUGGAGUUUGUUGAAAGAGGACAACAAGGGCAUGGUUCCUCACCUAUGGCUUUCAGCUAAGCAGCGCACCUGGAAAGCCGGCAUGCCACGAUACAUCCCUAAUUCAGUCUGGAGCUGGAUUGUCAGUGCAGCAGUGGAUGUAACUCUUGAUCCCAUGACCAGCCACCCCUGGCUGCAAAUCUCUGAUGACCAGAAGAAGGUCCAAGAGUCCCUAAAAGAAGCUGAUCUGCCCUUCAGCCCUCAGCGUUUUGAUUGCCUGCCCUGCGUCCUAGGCUGGGAAGGCUACAUGAAUGGCCGGCAUUACUGGGAGCUGGAAUUUGCAAACAAUGGUUACUGGAAAGUGGGGGUGACAACAGCUUCCUCAAAGAGGCAUGGCCGCUUUGCAAUUAAUCCCUCUAAUGGUUAUUGGGUCCUGUGGCGCAGCACACGGCAGUUCUUCGCAUGCACCAAUCCUGAAACUGCACUGCCACUCACGCUGCUGCCCCGGAGGAUGGGGAUCUACAUUGAUUAUGAGGAGGGACAGAUUUCUUUUUACAAUGCAGAGAACAAAUCACACAUCUACUCCUUCACAGGACACUUUCGUGAGAAGUUGUACCCUUUCUUUGCCCCGCUGGAUGGCAGGACCCUUAUGACCAUUUGGUCUCCUAAUGAACUUGCUAAAUUUUAACAACAAGGCUGAUUUAAAAAAUCAUCUUUCUUUCUGUGCUGCUAUUUGAAUAUCUAUACCUGAUUCAUGAUCCAUAAGCACAACGUUUAUUGUCAGGUUUUGUUUUGUGUAUUUCAUGUGCAUUCUUUUGUAUUAGCAGUUUAUUUUGCUCAUAAAUCUCUUGCAUUCUCCCUUCGUGUACAUAUUCCAAAACUAAAGAGCAACUAACAAGAUUCCUAAAACAGACCUUUUCAUUCGGAGAAUUCAAUCCCAUGGUGGGCUGGACCCACUUUAUGAGCGCUAUUAAAAAUACCACUUUUUAGCACACAGUUAAGAUCGCCUUCAUUCAUCCUAAUUGAAAUGCACCAUCAACACGAUUGCUCCAUCCAUGUAUCUAGAUAUUCUAGAGCUGUCUUUCUCUUUCUGUCCAUUUAUAUAAUGCAUCUAUGCAUGUUUUAUGUGGCUAAGUGAUCAUGGACCUAAGUUUAUUUGCUUGUCUGGCCAUGUAUUUAAGUAACAGUAUGUGUUUUUGGCACAAAAUAUUAUAUGGGAUAUGAUACUAUUUAGCUCAUUUGCCAGCCAUUUAUUUUACUGAUAGUAAAAGCAAUCAAUUUUCAUCUUGUAACCAUCUUAAUACAUCAGUAAAAUCAAUUACAUAUUUAUUAUAGCAAUGCUUGUGUGUUAAUAAUGUCUAUUAGAAGUGAAAACAUUCUAUUUUGUAUAGAUACUCUGGAUGAUUGUCUUAAUGAA